AGUUAAGGGGAGGAAGGCAGUCCUCUUCCGCUCCAUUUCUAUGGCAACCCGGCUGGGUCCCGCAGCCGUCGAUCAGACUCUGACUGUGUCUCUGGGCGUGGGGAAGCUGUGGGUAUUUUUUUACCCCUUUUUUUUGCGACAGUCGCGGUGAGGCAGUUGGGGCCGCUGUCAGCUGAUUUACUGCGGCCGCGGCAGAGGCAGUGGCAGCGGCAGCCACGGCCACAGCCGCUUCCAUCCCGCGGGCGCUCGAGGACCUCGGCGGGGCAGGAGCCGGAGCCCCCCGGCCCCGCCCGCGCAUCUCUCAGCCCCUGCGUCCUCUUCGCUCCUCUCAUUUCCCGGGGAAUCGGCGGCGGGGGUCGCGCAGACCCCGCGGCGGGAGCCAAGAUUGAGGAAGGUGUGAAAGCAAAAUGGCGGGAAACAGCCUCGUCCUACCAAUUGUUCUUUGGGGCCGUAAAGCACCAACGCACUGCAUCUCAGCUGUGCUUUUAAUGGAUGAUGGGGCUACCAUUGUAACAGGAUGUCAUGAUGGACAAAUAUGCCUCUGGGAUCUUUCCUUAGAACUGGAAAUUAACCCUCGGGCUCUCUUGUUUGGCCAUACAGCUUCCAUUACUUGUUUGUCCAAAGCUUGUGCUUCUAGUGACCGGCAGUAUGUAGUGAGUGCAUCUGAAAGUGGAGAAAUGUGCCUUUGGGAUGUAAGUGAUGGCAGAUGUAUUGAGUUUACGAAAUUAGCUUGCACACAUACUGGCAUACAGUUCUACCAGUUCUUUGUUGGGAAUCAACGUGAAGGGAGACUGCUGUGCCAUGGACAUUACCCUGAAAUUCUGGUUGUGGACGCCACCAGCCUUGAGGUUCUUUACUCCUUAGUGUCAAAGAUAUCUCCUGACUGGAUUAGCUCUAUGAGUAUCAUUCGAUCCCACCGAACACAAGAGGAUACUGUUGUGGCAGUUUCAGUAACAGGAAUCUUGAAAGUUUGGAUUGUUACAUCUGAAGUUAGUGAUACCCAGGAUACUGAGCCAAUAUUUGAAGAAGAAUCCAAACCAAUUUAUUGUCAGAAUUGCCAAAGCAUUUCUUUCUGUGCAUUUACCCAAAGGUCACUUUUGGUUGUGUGUUCCAAAUAUUGGAGGGUAUUUGAUGCUGGAGAUUAUUCCCUGUUAUGUUCUGGCCCCAGCGAAAAUGGACAAACGUGGACAGGAGGUGACUUCAUAUCAGCAGAUAAAGUUAUUAUAUGGACAGAAAAUGGACAAAGUUAUAUUUACAAACUACCUGCCAGUUGUCUACCUGCUAGUGGUUCAUUCCGCAGUGAUGUUGGAAAGGCUGUUGAAAAUUUAAUUCCUCCUUUACAGUACGGUCUCUUGGAUAGAGAGGAUAAAGAGUUGUUUAUCUGCCCUCCUGUUACUCGAUUUUUUUAUGGACGUAGGGAUUGCUUCCAUAAACUACUUAUUCAAGGAGACUCUUCAGGAAGAUUGUGUAUUUGGAAUGUACCAGACACACUUGAAAAACAGGAAGCUGCAGAAGGAUUGGAAAUGACAACUUCAAUUUGUUUACAAGAGGCCUUUGGUAAACUCACUCCUUGUCCUGCUGGAAUUAUAGAUCAACUAAGUUUGGUUCCUAAUAGCAACGAACCUUUGAAAGUUACAGCAAGUGUGUACAUUCCAUCCCAUGGACGACUAGUUUGUGGUCGUGAAGAUGGAAGCAUAAUUAUUGUGCCGGCAACACAAACUGCUAUAGUCCAGCUACUACAGGGGGAACACAUGCUCCGGAGAGGUUGGCCACCUCACAGAACUCUUCGGGGUCAUCGGAACAAAAUUACAUGUUUACUAUAUCCUCAUCAGGUCUCAGCUCGUUAUGACCAAAGAUACUUGAUCUCUGGAGGAGUGGAUUUCUCUGUCAUAAUCUGGGACAUAUUUUCUGGAGAAAUGAAACAUAUCUUCUGUGUGCAUGGUGGAGAGAUUACUCAACUCCUUGUUCCACCUGAAAACUGUAGUACAAGAGUGCAACACUGCAUCUGCUCUGUAGCCAGUGACCAUUCUGUAGGACUUCUGAGUUUGAGAGAGAAAAAAUGUAUCAUGUUGGCAUCUCGUCAUCUUUUUCCCAUCCAAGUAAUAAAGUGGAGGCCUUCAGAUGAUUACUUAGUGGUUGGCUGUUCAGAUGGCUCUGUAUAUGUCUGGCAAAUGGAUACUGGUGCACUGGAUCGUUGUGUGAUGGGGAUUACAGCAGUUGAGAUUUUGAAUGCUUGUGAUGAAACAGUUCCUGCUGCAGUCGAUUCUCUUAGUCAUCCAGCUAUUAAUUUAAAACAGGCUAUGACAAGACGUAGUCUUGCUGCUCUAAAAAAUAUGGCCCAUCACAAGCUACAAACCCUUGCCACAAACCUCUUGGCUUCUGAAGCAUCUGACAAAGGAAAUUUACCUAAGUAUUCUCAUAAUUCUCUGAUGGUUCAAGCAAUAAAGACUAACCUAACAGAUCCGGACAUACAUGUGCUCUUCUUUGAUGUGGAAGCUUUGAUUAUUCAGCUACUGACUGAAGAAGCCUCUAGGCCGAAUACUGCCCUUAUUUCCCCAGAGAGUUUGCAUAAAGCAUCUGGCAGUGCUGACAAAGGGGGCUCUUUCCUGACUGGCAAAAGAGCAGCCGUACUCUUCCAACAAGUCAAAGAAACAAUCAAAGAGAACAUAAAGGAACAUCUCCUUGAUGACGAAGAUGAGGAUGAGGAGAUACUGAGGCAGAAGAGAGAAGAAAGUGAUCCAGAGUACCGAUCUAGCAAAUCUAAGCCAUUGACUUUAUUAGAGUAUAAUCUAACAAUGGAUACUGCAAAGUUGUUUAUGUCCUGUCUUCAUGCCUGGGGUCUGAAUGAAGUUCUAGAUGAAGUUUGUCUUGACCGCCUUGGAAUGCUUAAACCCCACUGCACAGUCUCCUUUGGUCUUUUGUCAAGAGGAGGCCAUAUGUCAUUGAUGCUUCCUGGUCAUAACCAGCCUGUAUGUAAGGCAUCCUGUGGAAAACCUGAAGGGGAAAGAAAACUCUCAGCCACUGAGGGAGUAGGAAAAGGAACCUAUGGAGUAUCCCGGGCUGUCACCACUCAGCACCUUCUGUCUAUUAUAUCUUUGGCAAAUACUUUAAUGAGUAUGACCAAUGCAACUUUUAUUGGUGAUCAUAUGAAGAAGGGCCCUGUCAGGCCACCUAGGCCAAGCACUCCAGACUUUUCUAAAAUGAAGGGUUCCCCUCCGACUUCCAGUAAUGUUGUGCAAGGACAGAUUAAACAAGCUGCUGCACCUGUCGUUUCCGCUCGGUCUGAUACUGAUCACUCUGGUUCUGACCCUGCUCCUACUCCUGCUUUACAUGCCUGUUUCUUAGUAAAUGAAGGAUGGAGUCAGCUAGCUGCUAUGCAUUGUGUUAUGCUUCCAGACCUAUUGGGAUUGGAUAAAUUUAGACCUCCACUUCUAGAAAUGCUGGCUCGUAGAUGGCAGGAUCGAUGCCUGGAGGUAAGAGAAGCAGCUCAAGCUUUACUGUUAGCCGAAUUGAGAAGGAUUGAACAAGGAGGACGAAAAGAAACAAUUGAUGCUUGGGCUCCUUAUUUACCUCAAUAUAUGGAUAGUGUUAUAUCACCUGGAGUGACAGCAGAAUCCAUUCAGACUGCGACUGCCAGUCCAGAUGCCUUGGGGACUGAAACUAAAGUCCAAGAAGAAGAGCACGAUCUUGUUGAUGAUGACAUCACAGCAGGUUGCCUAUCAUCAGGUCUCCCACAAAUGAAAAAAAUAUCUACAUCAUAUGAAGAAAGACGUAAACAGGCUACAGCUAUUGUUUUAUUAGGAGUGAUAGGAGCUGAAUUUGGUGCAGAAAUUGAGCCUCCAAAAUUGUUGACAAGACCUCGAAGUUCCAGCCAAAUUCCUGAAGGGUUUGGUUUGACCAGUGGUGGAUCCAACUAUUCAUUAGCCAGACAUACUUGCAAGGCAUUGACAUUCCUUCUCCUACAACCACCUAGUCCUAAGCUCCCUCCACAUAGCACAAUCCGAAGAACUGCUAUUGAUCUAAUCGGACGAGGUUUUACAGUAUGGGAGCCAUAUAUGGAUGUGUCUGCUGUCCUGAUGGGCCUUCUUGAGCUGUGUGCCGAUGCUGAGAAGCAACUUGCUAACAUCACAAUGGGGCUGCCCCUGAGUCCAGCAGCUGACUCCGCCCGCUCUGCAAGACAUGCCCUCUCACUCAUUGCCACUGCCAGACCACCCGCCUUUAUCACAACUAUUGCCAAGGAGGUACAUAGACAUACUGCUCUAGCAGCGAACACCCAGUCACAGCAAAAUAUCCACACUACAACUCUUGCUCGAGCUAAAGGAGAGAUCCUGAGAGUCAUUGAAAUCCUUAUUGAAAAAAUGCCCACAGAUGUUGUUGAUCUUCUUGUUGAGGUUAUGGACAUUAUAAUGUACUGUCUUGAAGGAUCUUUAGUUAAAAAGAAGGGACUUCAAGAGUGUUUCCCAGCCAUCUGCAGGUUCUACAUGGUCAGCUAUUAUGAACGGAAUCACAGAAUAGCAGUUGGAGCUCGCCAUGGUUCAGUGGCCCUGUACGACAUCCGGACUGGAAAAUGUCAGACAAUUCAUGGGCACAAGGGGCCAAUAACUGCUGUGGCUUUUGCUCCUGAUGGACGAUAUCUUGCCACCUACUCAAACUCUGACAGUCACAUUUCCUUCUGGCAGAUGAAUACCUCACUGUUGGGAAGUAUUGGCAUGCUGAACUCAGCACCCCAACUCCGUUGUAUUAAAACUUACCAGGUGCCCCCUGUCCAGCCUGCAUCCCCUGGAUCACAUAAUGCACUCAGACUGGCCCGGCUGAUCUGGACUUCCAAUCGUAAUGUUAUUCUAAUGGCCCACGAUGGAAAGGAGCAUCGAUUUAUGGUCUAGAACUAAUGUCUACAUUAUUAUAAUUUUUGUUUUUAAAAUUCCCUGUGAGCCUAUAUUUCUCCAUCCUUACUCAUACUGGAUUUACCCACAUCAGUGCCUAUAGAAGUCAUCCAGUGGGAUCAGCCAGAUAAGCAACACUUGUGCAUGGUUCUUUCUGUAGGGCAGAAUCCCCUUUGUACCAACUAUGGAUUCAGAGGCACAUACAUACCAACUCAAUAGUAUAUGGUUAUUUGAUCACGGAUGGUUUUUCCCUGCCAUUGGUGGGAGGGAAAAGAAGGCAGUUAUUGGGAAGGUUCUUGUUGCUUGGUGCAGCAGAAGCUGGAAAAUCAAUAAACACUGUGAUUGCACUCCCCAGCAUUUUCAGGAAUUUAAGCCCAAGCUCUGACAUACAGUAGAAUCUAGUAGCUUUGAUAUUGGAUGUUGAGGUAACAUGGCAGUCCUAAUUAUCAGCAUAAUUUUCUUUUGGGUUUCUUAAUGCAUUCUACUGUUUACCAAAAAGUUUCUACAUCUACAUGUACUUUCUUCAGGUGAUCACUGGGUGGUUACUCGGUCCAGUGUCCUAGGCCUUAUUAGUUACCUUCCUUUUUAAGGAUCUAACUGGUUUGAGAGAAGUAAGAAAGUACGUGGAGAAAUUUUCAACACAGCCUCUUUCAGGCAAAUGCCCUUCUGUAAUGCUCAAGUGACGGCUUAUUCAUUAAAUAGUUGUUUUUAACCCAUUGCUUUUUGUGAUCUAAACAAAAGAAGUAUCUAGUCCACAUAACAAUACCUUCAGUUUUGCACAAUAAAAAACAAAAUCUAAGAAGAGCAUUCUGUAUACAUAUAUAUGGAGAUACUUUUUUUUCUGAAAAAGAGUUUAUUCCCCCCCAGAAAUAUUUCAAAUCUAUGAAUCAAAUUGUAGGAAAUUACAUUUGUGACAUGUCCGUUAUCAUGCUAAUAAUUCUAAUGUUGAAUUCAGCCUUCGAAAACCACUGAUUGAGUAAGGAGGAGGUCUUGUUUGUUUUUGCAAAAGCUCUGCCAAAAUGAAAAGUAGCAAAUACAGCAAAAAAUUCUGAAAAACAUUUGAAAGGCAAAUGACUUAUGUUUCUGUAAGUUUGCUUGAACAUAUAUCCAAAGGAGGAUUUUUUCCUUCUUCAACAUAAACUUUAGGUGUUCAUUUUUUUCUGCUACAUAUCAGUUUGUCAAAUUAUGCUAGUUCAUGCUCACAGUAAUGAAAGAAAUACUUAAAAUAAUAUUUGUAUAAAUUAUUCCUAACAUUGACACAUGUAUAGUUUUGUUGGCUUAAGGAUUUGUGGGGUAGGGAGCUAGUGUCCAUUUUAUCUGAAAACUCACAAAAGAAAAAUGUUCUAUAAGUAAAUGAUUAGAGAAAAAGAAAAUAUGGAACUCACUGGGAAACCAAAAGUGGUAAUACAGGAAGAAAGCAAAUGAUUGCUUCUAAAUUUAAAAAGCAUUGAUUUUUCAAAGAGAGAGUUUAUGUAAUAUAUGAAAAAAGUAGGAUCACAGUCUAGAAGCAACACAUCUGUUGUUUUACUGAACUGAGUUUUUAAAGAACAGAAAAAGAAAUUAAGACCAUUAGGAAUGUUUCUCUCAUAUUGCUGUAAAGUGUAUUAUUUCUAACUGUGGAAGAGCUGUAGUAUUUCCUGGUGGUCAAAUUCUGUAGUAUGGAUGUUUUUUAAAGUGAAUUUAUGCCACAUGCAUGAAUAUUCUAUUUAUAAAGACUAUAUAUGUAGUUUCCAAGGAAGAAGUAAAGAGCUAUACAGCAUGAUCUUUGUUUGAUGAAUAUGCUGUCGUGCUCAAUUUAGAUAGAGAGCUAUGGAGAAAAACUAAAAGGUGCACUUUGUUUUCCAGUAGGCUACCUGAGCCAUGAACGUUCUGAGUCAUGUUCUUGGAAGGAGCACGUACAUGUUUAUUUUCUGAAUCUAAAAGAGAAUUUCUUCUAGUGUGCAAAAAUAUUUUGGUAUGAUAUUGUAAAAGUGUACCUUAAGAAGAGUAAACUGCCUGUGUUUCUUUUAUAAACAAACCAUUAAAAUAUUUCACAAGAAGAAACAGGACAAGACAAUAGCCUCCUUUCAUCUCUUCCAAAUACAGUUGUGGCAUAGAGAUUUUAAAUAAAUUGGGAGAGCUACAUGAGUCAAAAUGCUCCAGAGGUUAACAUCUUUUCAUCUCUCACAAUAUCUGUCCAAGCAGACCAUCAGAGCUACGGGCCAGGAGCAGGUUCUGUUAGCAAGCCCUGGAGUGGGGUGAUGUUAGCUAUUAGACAUAUCCACCUACUACACAAAAAUUGGCCUAUUAGUUAAUCACAAACCUCUUCACCACUUUGUCAGCUACAGUCCCAAACUUCAUUACAGCUUAGAUCUCUCAGCACCAUGGUAAACUUUGUAUUGUCACUCCAGUGUAAGCUUUUAGUGUUUUAUUGAUUUGUUAGUACUGUAUUUGGACUUGUCCUUGUAAAUGUAGAGACAUCUGUGGCUUCAUUGGCAGUUUACAAGCAAAAGAUGACAUGAUGGGACACCUGUAUGAAAAUGUUGUGAUGAUUGAAGUGGCUGUGGGUCACAAAUGAGCUGAAAUGUCUGCCAGAUUCCACUUAAUAGAUGCUCUGUGUACUAAAUGUCCCUGUGUACAUAUGUGUGUGAAAUAAAACUGAAUUGUACUGAAAAACA